CUUCAGAUUUUUAAAUGUUGGCAACAGAAAAGCCUCAAACCCUCCAAAACACAAAGACAUGAGCAGGCUGGAUCUGGCCCCCGUGCCUCCAUUUCCCAGCCUCUGGGAGCGGCUGCACACGCCACGCACCCACACGCCUAUUCCCGCCUGGUUACAGGUGCAUGUCAGCAUGCCCAUGCCCAUAUGCUGCACACUGAUUGUGCCCACUCACACGUGCACGCAUGGCUGCUGGCCAGCCCUUCCCUUGUGAACCUCACUUCCCCACGCAGGCUGCUCUUUGCUUGGGGUACAGUGAAGGCUGGGGAGCACUUUGGUCCAGACCCGAGCCUAUCCCUUGUGCAGGCUGGAGACCCUUGCCUGGGCCUCAUUUGCCAGCCCUCCCCCGUCCCCAGUCACAGCCUGCCCAGAACUGCCUGGCUCACUGGCUGCCUGAUCCAACCCCCUCCCGCUCCCCACCACCUGCACAGCCAGGCGGGGGCUCAGAUCCAUUUUGUAUGGAGGAAGAAGCCAGCCUCUGGGAGCAUGAGGAGACAUAGCCGAGGCCAGGAUCCCGGACGUCACCCUAAAGGCCAGAGGCUCCGUCUCCGUCAGCGAGGACCAGAGCCCGCCUCCCCACCCACACCCUCCCCAAAGAGGGCGAAAAUGAAAGAGCUGGCAUCUGCAGAGGCUGGACAAGCUAACAUGGUGGGAAACCACGUCCACGUGAAAACCUGCACAUGGACGCUGACAUCAGCUUUACUCAAAACUGCCAAAACCUGGAAGCAGCCAACAUGUCCUUCAGUCGAGCCUGCACACCAGUGAAACCACAAAGUCAGCUGGUCGGAAGGAUCCCACGGGAGCUGAUUCACCGGAGUGCAGUCUCCACAUCCUGCUGAUUUCAGUCCCCCGGCCCUGACCGA